CAACAACCACAUCACCUCACCUCUUCCCAUUGUAACUUUAAAAUAUGUUCUGAUUCCUAGUAUUACGACCCUAUUUGGGUUUCAUUCCUAUCUUUUUCUUCUCUAAUAAGCGUUCGUUUGUCGUGGUAAACAAUCAUGUGGUAUUCAUUACUGGCUUGUCUUGUUAGUGCAGCUCAUGCCUCAACGCUACAACCACGAGAGGAUGCUGCACAAAUAGCUCGGAAUGUUUCGGGUUUCACGGUUUACGAUGUUUUGAAUUAUACCAAAGUUGAUUCUGACGAUUCCUGGAAACUGCAAGUUCCUCUUCGCAUACUCUGUGUCGGAGACUCUAUAACAGAAGGUUGGGGAAGUGAUGCAGAUGGCGGCGAUGGGAAUGGUUAUAGGCUUUCUCUCGCGAAACACCCGUCACGAGAAAAAGUUGUCUUUGCGGGUACAAGACACAAGGGUUCCAUGGAGGACAGUUAUUAUGCGGCCUGGUCUGGCAAGACAAUUCAGUAUAUAAGCGAUCACGUCACAGAGUCGUUGGAACAAAAACCUAAUCUUGUCCUCCUUCACGCUGGAACGAAUGACAUGGAUUUACGACCGUCGAUCUCCAAAGAAGGAAACGACCCCAAAGAUGCUGCAACUCGUCUCGGCGACCUCAUUGACAAGAUUGUUAGGUACUGCCCGGAUGCAGUAAUCCUCGUCGCGAUACCUUUAGCAUCCUGUGACACUGAGAAACCCAAGAUGCCUAUUUACAGGGCCCUGAUCCCUGGACUUGUGCGACAGCGACGAAAGGAUGGUGAUCAUGUUAUUGCCGUGGAUUUCAGCACCUUUGAUCUGGGCGAGUUGAGAGACUGCUUGCAUCCUACAAAUGAAGGUUAUAGUAUCAUGGGGGACUAUUGGUAUGACUUUAUAACACAGGUGCCAAAGGGAUGGAUCAAGGAGCCUGUUGGUGAUGACCCAAAGCGAGAAGAAAAUGGGGUUGGAAGACGAGUCCUGCCAGACAAGAUGUCUAUUUUGGGUAUUGCUUUGUGCUGGGGUGUGUACCGUAUGUGUUGGGUAUAGAAAUUUGGUUUCCGUAUAGACUUGAAAUUCUAGACAUAGAUGACAUGGAUAGAGUUGCUAGAUGAUUGCAAACAGUUUGUGUUAGGCUGUCAAGACUUGGAAUAUUGAGGUUGACGAAGCCGAGAGCUUGACUUGCAACAAGUCAAAACAUGUGAAUAGACUGAACAAUCAACAUCACAAUUGCAUCAGAA